AUGGAGCUCCCCACUCCAUCUAUCGAAGCGCUCUCUAACUUAGCGGCAUCAAACCUUCCUCCGUCACAACUAUUUGAGAUCUUAUCGCAGUAUGAAACAGAUCCUCGCCUGUAUUUAACAGGCAAUCAUGAUCCAGAACUGCUCGGCUUGUUCUACUCUAUAUUCUUCUUCGCCCAUCUCCUCACUAAACAAGUACCCGAAGCCCGUGCUCUAAGCCAGCGAAUGCCCGAUGUUCUACGCUAUCAAGAUCCUCGCUUGCAGAGCUGUUUAACUCUUCUAAGAGCAGUCUGGCAAACCCGGCACGAUCAGGUUUAUCAGAUCCUUCGGAAUCUUCCUUGGUCCGAAAACUUGCAGCCCUUAGUCCAGCGAUAUGAAAGCUUCUUCCAAGACCAGACCUUAAUCGCUCUCAGCACUUCCUACGAGGCAAUACGGCUCUCAACAGCAGCAUCCUACCUGGGUCUAGACCCUACGGCCGCAGAACAAGCAGAUCCGGCUAUUAUAAAGAAGUUUACAGACUACGGGUGGCAAUGGGAUGCGGAAUCAAAGCUGCUAUACCCAACCCCGAUACAUCGACAGUCUGCCGAUGCAAAGUCAUCAAACGGGAUACAGGAUGCAAUGGCUUUGCUUGGUAACCGGGGUAAUUGA